AUGUCUUUGUCCCCAUCUUCAGUUGGUUCAUUUGCAAGUCGUGAGGAUCUUAUUAAUCAUGUUAAAACGCAUGCCUUCAAUCAUGGAUACGCGGUAAGCACCAAAAGAUCUGAAAAAGACAAGUUUGUCUAUUUGAAGUAUGACAGAGCUCUAUGGAAAAAAAUGGAGGAUGGUCAAUGGCGUUUAACAAUUAAAAAUGCAAAUCAAAACCAUGAAGCAUCAGAAGAUAUCUCAGGCCAUUCAUCCAGUCAUCGCUUAAAUAAAGAUGACCAAAAAAAAGUUCAAGAAAUGUCUAUAGCAGGUAUCUAUCCUCAUGAAAUACUUUCUACUUUUCGUCAAAGUAAUUCUGAUAGUUUAGCAAUCUCUAAAACUAUCUACAAUGCCAGAGAUAAGGUUAGGCAUGAUAAUCUUCAAGGUUGUACUCCAAUUCAGGUCCUUCUUGACGAGCUUAUAGAAGGAAAUUUUGAAUAUGAUUAUCAAUAUGAUCAAAACUGUACAUAUAAAACCAACAAAUUUAAAAUGCCAUUGCUUCACGUUGUUGGCAUAACAAACUUUAAUACCACAUUUUUCUCCUGUUUUGCAUUUUUAAAAUCAGAACAGAAAGAAGAUUAUAAUUGGGCACUCACUCGUGUUGCCUAUAUUUUUGGUGAUAUCUCAAAGUUUCAAGGCGAAUGGUCCAUAUUUUUUGAAAGUUGGUCCACCCUUAUAAAGUCCAAGACAGAACCUGAUUUUGAAAAUAAUUGGAAAAAGUUAAAGAAGAAAUAUAAUGAGAAAACAGCAGUUAUUGCUUAUUUGCAAGAUACAUGGUUGCCAUUUAAAACACAUUUUGUAUACUCUUGGGUAGAUCGUUACUUGCAUCUAGGUAAUUUGAUGACAUUGAGAGUUGAAGGGGCCCAUGCUGCACUUAAGAGGUAUCUUCAAGUAUCAGUGAGUAAUCUUCAUGCUGUCCAUAAAAAAAUCUCUUUGGCGUUAGAGAAUCGAUACCAGAAAAUCAAAACCAUGAUCUCCCAAGAGAUAAUUCGAAUCCCUCAGGCCCAAAACAAACCAUUUUAUGCACAGGUCGUCACUAAGGUGUCGACAUUUGCAUUAAAAAAGGUUCACGAACAAUUCUUAAAGGCAUCUAGUGUAACAUCAGAAAAUCCGUUACAACCUUGCAGUGGUGCUUUUAAGUCAUCGAUGGGACAUCCAGUUGGAGCGAAAAACCAUCCUCAAUCGUCAACUAAAAGAGAUCUGUCUACCUUUGAAUUGGUUAUAAAAAAGCAAAGAAAAUGUGGUUUAUGUCAUGGAACCAGGCAUAAUAGUAGGACAUGCCCUAAUGCAGAAAGUGAAAGCAGUAAAAGUAGUCAAAGGAAAUGUGGUUUAUGUCAUGAAAUCGGGCAUAAUAAUAGGAUGUGCCCUAAUGCAGAAAGUGAAAGUAGUGACAGUAGUUAG